CAGACAAAGAGGGAGAAGAACCGGAACAUGUUAGGAGAAGGAGGGAGAGGUGGGAAGGUAGAGGUAGGCAGAGAGAGAGAGAGGGAUGAUGUUGUACAGAGAGGGCGUCCGCAAGGCUGCAACCCUUCAUCCUCUCAUCAAGAAACAGGAUGUGUUAUGGAGCAGUGAUGUACAGGUUCACUGCAGAGGAGGAAAAUGCAGAUAGGAGUUCACCUUUAGCUGGAGUCCAAUUGUGCCUCACUGGACCUUUGGGACUACAACCAACCCUCUUUAAUCAGACAAAUAAGAGCAAGUGGGAUUUAAUUAGACCCGACAGCCUGCCAAAAUAAAAGGGACCUCAGCCUCGGUAACUUCUGGACUGCUGCUGUCUGCAGAAGCCAGGAUUCAAACAGGCUUUUGCUUUGGCAGUGGACCGUCACAGCUGUGUUCAUGUAGACUGUGAUUUCCAUCCAGCCCUCACACUGGAACCCCACAAAGCCAAGCAGGUUCCGCGGCUCCGGACCCCCGGAGCCGGCCUGACCUUGGACCAGCUGUCGCCAGAACCCCUCCUGGCACCGGCAGAAGCCUCCGGCAUGUCUCAGAGCAGAGGGCGGUACCACAACAAGAAAGCCGGCAUCCGGGCCGCUGUGAUCCUGAUCGGGCUCCUUCACAAGUCCCGGAAGGCCAAAGAGAGGGAAAAGGAGAGAGAGCGAGAGGAGGGCGAAGGGAAACAGGAGCUGCUGAACAUCUCGAACGUCCCCCUGGGAGAAUGUCCCCCCUCACCCCCCCGCACUGCCCCACCCAGCAUGAAGUCUGCAGAUUUCUUCGACAUGUUGGAAAAGAUGCAGGUCCCCAAAGCUGAAGACACCAAAAAAUGGAAGGAUGACUACAUCCCCUACCCACGGAUAGAAGAAGUCCUAGAGAAAGGUGGACCAUAUCCCCAGGUCAUCCUGCCCCAGUUUGGGGGCUACUGGAUUGAAGAUGCAGAAGCCCCAGCAGGGACCCCUUCCUCCUCAGAGUCCAGUUUCUGUGAGGAGGAGGACGGAGAUGAGGGCAUGAGCCCCGGCGGGGCGCACAGCUACCGCCUGGAAUGUAACAGCACGGCCCGAGCCUACCGCAAACACUUCCUUGGCAAGGAGCACAUGAACUACUACUGCAGCGGCAGCAGCAUUGGUAACCUCAUCAUGUCUCUGAAACACGAGGAGGCUCAGAGCCAGGAGUUUUUGCGCAUCAUGCUCAGAUCUCGGACCAAAACAGUCCAUGACAGGAUCUCUUUAGCUGGUAUCAGCCAGCUGCCCAGUGUGCCUCAGAUUGCAAAGCUGCUAUGUGACGACGCCACAGGACUGAAGUUUAACCCCGUCCUCUACCCUCGGGCCUCCCAGCUGAUAGUUGCCUAUGACGAGCAUGAGGUGAACAACACGUUUAAAUUUGGAGUCAUCUACCAAAAAUUUGGACAGACAUCGGAGGAAGAGUUAUUUGGGAACAACGAGGAGACCCCCGCUUUCAAGGAGUUCCUCAGCGUCUUAGGAGACACGAUUGAGCUGCAGGAUUUUAAAGGGUUCCGCGGUGGGUUGGACGUCUCCCAUGGACAGACGGGAUCUGAAUCCGUCUACACCGUCUUCAGACAAAGAGAGAUUAUGUUCCAUGUAUCCACUAAGCUCCCCUUCACAGAGGGAGACGUGCAGCAGCUCCAAAGGAAAAGACACAUCGGAAACGACAUUGUGGCUGCAGUCUUCCAGGAAGAGCCCACGCCAUUCGUUCCAGACAUGAUCGCAUCCAACUUCCUGCACUCUUAUGUUCUGGUGCAGGCUGAGAACCCCUGUACCGACCACACAACCUACAAGGUGUCGGUUACAGCGAGGGAAGAUGUUCCUCCGUUUGGGCCCCCCCUCCCCAACCCGGCCAUCUUCAAGAAGGGUCCUGAGUUUCGUGAAUUCCUGCUAACAAAGCUGAUCAACGCUGAGAACGCCUGCUACAAAUCGGAUAAAUUUGCCAAACUGGAGGGACGCACCCGAGCUGCCCUGCUGGACAACCUGCACGAUGAGCUGCACAGACAGAGCCACGCGGUGCUGGGGCUCGAGCAGGUGGGGGAGGAGGACAAGCUGGAGAACGGCGGCCAUGGGGGUCUGCUGGAAUCGUUCAAGAGGGCCAUGCGUGUCAGGAGCCACUCCAUGGAGACGGUGGUGGCUUCCCAUCGUCACCGGAGCCCCGGGGUGGAAGGUGGGGUCCCUGCCAGCCUCAGCGGAGGGGGGCUACCACAGAGCACCAGUGAAUGCACAAAGAGCACCUUCACUCCUCCUGCUCUGUCAGCCAAGUCUCCUCUAAAGAGUCCAGUGAAACGGCGCUCAGGCCUCUUUCCACGUCUCCACUCCAGCACAGACACCCCGUCAGACAAACACACGCGCAGCGACCAUAAACCAGCAGAGAUCUGUUCGCAUUCCCAAGAAGUAAGAUCAGAGACGUCGUCCAAUCCCAGCUCACCUGAGAUCUGCCCCAACAAAGAAAGGCUGUUUAUUAAGCACAAGGAGUGCAGCAGCGGCAGCAGCUGCAGACCCAACAUCUCGCGCUCUUCGUCAAGCACCAGCAGCUUCAGCAGCACCACGGGAGAAACGGAAGCUCUGGAGGAGCUGGAGACGGCCAGCCAUCCGUCCAUCACAUCCUCCUCUGCCUUCAGCCCCGCCCUCAGCAUUGACAGCCAGGGUUCGGGUACGCCUGUUAUCAUGUGCCGCAGUCCAACAGAUGGGAAAGGCAAAACAUCACCCAGGUCCAACUUGAAGUUUCGCUUUGACAAAAUGAGCCACUCAUCCACAGCUUCUGAGUAGAUCUGAAGGAAGGAAAAGCAGCAGACUUUCUUGAUGAAGACGCAGUGAAAGCUGAAGAAAUCACAACAAUCACCAGAAAAAGGAGGA